CAGGUCUCACGAAACCGCAGCAUAUUAUUGCGUCUUCGCCCAAGACAGACCAGCAUCUCCUCGACCAGAUGGCGGCCAUCGGCUGCAGCACGACCCACCACAACGCCGAAGCCACCGCCCACUCGGACGUGGUCGUCAUCUCCGUCAAGCCAGCGGUCGUUCCUCGCGUCCUCCACGACAUCAAGCCCUCCGUGACCUCCGCUCGACCCCUCGUGACCUCGGUGGCACUCGGGGUCACUCUGGCAACGAUGGAAAGUGUCCUGCCCACCGAAACGAGGGUCAUUAGGGUCAUGCCCAAUACCCCGGCGCUUGCAGUUGGGGCGUCGGUGUUCGCGAGGGGGACACACGCCACGGAGGCCGAUGCGACGCUCGCGCACAGGUUACUCUCAGCUGUGGGAGAAUGUGACGAAGUACCAGAAAGUUUCCUUGAUGCUAUUACGGGGCUGAGUGGAGCUGGCCCAGCUUACAUGUACCUGGUGGUGGAAGCGCUGGCUGACGGAGGCGUCAAGAUGGGCUUGCCAGACUCGCUAACUCGCCCGCCACAAACCAUGAUGAAAAAAAUACAUCAAAAUAACAACCAAUUUUCAGGAGCAGCAGGGGUGAUGGCGACGGGGAAACAUCCGGGACUCUUGAAGGAUGAAGUGUGUUCUCCGGGAGGUUGCACGAUCCAGGGAGUCCACGCCCUCGAGAAAGGCGGCAUUCGGGCGGCCUUCAUCGACGCCGUCCACGCAGCCACGACAACGUCCAUCUCUACUGCGAGUGGAAGUAGGCCUACACCCCCCUCCCGAGUGGAAAGUAGGCCUACACUCCCCCCUCCCCGAGUGGAAAGUAGGCCUACACUCCCCCCUCUCCGAGUGGAAAGUAGGCCUACACUCUCCCUCCCCCUCCCCCUCCCUCCAUGGUUGGUACUCCUUGGUAGGGUGUCGUAGGGGAGGAGUUCGUGUAUGUGGUUGCUUGGUAAGAUGAGGUAUGUGUGCGUGUACGUGUGUGGAGAUAUAGAUAUGCGUACACAAGACAUGUACCCUGGUAGUUGAGUGUACUACCUAGAUGGCAAGUAAAAUCUGAGGGAAAAAUCGAGAGCUGGGGUCCUUAUGACAGUUUGAUGGGGGACUUCAGCUUCGUCCUGGCAUCUCCCGUGACAGUGAUGGUGUCAAGGGCGUGGUUCUUGCCCGUUCCUUGGGUUCUGUUGUGCGGGAUGCAGCUUGUCUUCCAUAUAACCCUUGUCAUGGUCUGCGCCAUCUUUUAAAUCUGUGAGGCGUAGAGCUAUGGUGAUUAAUGACAAUGGAUUCCACACAUACACACGCCACAAC